CGCCGCUUCCGGCCGGGGCGGAGGGGCGGGCCGGGCCGGUGGGACUGGCGUCCCGGGCCCGCGAAUGCCGCUGGCCGGCCGGCCAUGCUCAUCACGCUCUGCUAUCUGUACCUGUGGGCGCGCUGGGGGCGCCGGCCGGCCGCGCUCGUGUGCACCACGGUGCAGCGGCUACUUGCCUCGCGCUGUUCCUUCGCCUUCUGCGGCGCGGCCGCUCGGCCCCGGGGCGCCCGCGUGUGCCUGAGCCGCGGCGGCCGGAUCUUCUGCGUCUGCGAGAGCCAGUCCAUUGAUGACUUGAACAAAUGGGCCCUAUUUCUUGUUUCUCCUUUUAUACUUGAAGCAGAACACAUAGCAUUUGUGACAGAGAGCAUUUGGGUUCAAGGGGCGAAUUUACAGAAACCAUCUUCCUCUUCAGAAACUAUUGUGAAGUGGUCAGACUGCUGUUUGCCAUUAGCUUGCAGACCUGGGGAUCCUUAUCAAUUAAUUGCUAAAGCAAGUGUGGACAACUUCAGUAAGCUGGGGGUGGCAUUCAUGGAAGAUAGACUCCGGAUGGCUAAUGGGCUGAUACCCCAAAAGAUUGUUUCGGUGCACUUGCAAGACUCUGCUCUGAAGGGACUUAAGGUUCAGACCUCAGACAAGCAAGCCCAGAUUCUGCAGCUGAACCCUGAGUCUUCUGCAAAGAGUCAGCCUGAGCCAGCCGUUAUGGAGCACACUGGCAAAGAUGGCCCAGGGCUUCCUGGGGCAGACCCCAUGCCAGGGAAGGACAUUGCCUCUGGGAGCAGGCCUGCUGGGGACAGUGACAGAGGAGUGGGCUCCAUCGAGCUCUGUCACCUCCAUCUGUCCAGUUGCCAUGAGUGUUUGGAGCUUGAGAACAGCACCAUUGAAUCUGUCAAGUUUGCAUCUGCAGAGAACAUUCCAGAUCUCCCCUAUGAUUACAGCAGCAGUUUGGAGGGCAUUGCUGAUGACAUCUGCACUGAGAGAGAGGGGAGGAGAGUCAACAUUACGGGAAAGGCACCCAACAUCCUCUUCUAUGUGGGCUCUGACUCCCAGGAAGCCCAGGGCAGGUUCCAGCAGGUCCGGUCGGUUCUGGCUGACUGUGUGGACACCGACAGCUACACUCUCUACCACCUGCGGGGUGAAAGUGCCCUUAGAGACCCAUGGCCAGACAACUGUCUGCUGUUGGUCAUUGCCACCAGGGAGUCUAUUCCUGAAGACCUGUCCCAGAAGUUCAUGGCCUAUCUUUCUCAGGGAGGGAAGGUAUUGGGCCUGUCAUCGUCCUUCACAUUUGCUGGCUUCCAGGUGACAAGCAAAGGUGCGCUGCAGGAGACAGUCCAGAACUUGGUUUUCUACAAGGCUGACCAGAGCCAGGUGAAGCUCAGCGCCCUGAGCAGUGGCUGCGUGUAUGAGGAGGGCCCUGGGGAGCAGCUCAGCCUGGGCAAGCUCCGGGGCCACCUGGAGAAUGAGGACGAGGACAGGCUGAUCAUGCAAGUGCCUUUUGGAGCAUGUGGAGGAGAAGCUGUCCUUUGCCAGGUACACUUAGAACUACCUCCCAGCUCUUGCGUAGUGCAAACUCCGGAGGACUUUAACCUGCUCAAAUCAAGCAAUAUCAGAAGAUACGAAGUCCUGAAGGAGAUCCUGACAACCCUUGGCCUCAGGUGUGACAUCAGACAAGGUCCUGCCCUGACGCCUCUUUACUUACUGUCAUCCGCUGAGGAAAUCUGGGAUCCUCUUAUGCAGUGGCUGGGGAAGCGUGUGGAUCCUGAAGGAGUAAUAACAUCCAGCAAGAUCUCUCUGAAAUUUGUUUCAUCCUACACAUCUGAAACAGAAAUCACUCCUUCCACUAUACCUGUGGUGACUGACGUGGAGGGCUUCUCAUCAGAAAAUUUUAACUUGGAGAUCUACCGACAAAAUUUGCAGACAAGGCAACUUGGAAAAGUAAUUCUGUUUGCUGAAGUGACAGCCAGCACGAUGAGUCUUCUGGACGGGUUGAUGUUUGAGAUGCCGCAGGAAAUGGGUUUAAUAGCCAUCGCAGUCCGCCAGACGCAGGGCAAAGGGCGGGGAAGGAAUGACUGGCUGAGCCCCAUGGGAUGUGCUCUUUCUACCCUGCUUGUCUCCAUACCACUGAGAUCCCGGCUGGGGCAGAGGAUUCCAUUUGUCCAGCAUCUCAUGUCCCUGGCUGUCGUGGAGGCAGUGAGGUCCCUUCCUGAGUAUCAGGAUAUUGACCUACGAGUGAAGUGGCCCAACGAUAUUUAUUACAGUAACCUCAUGAAGCUCGGUGGAGUUCUGGUUAACUCCACGCUUAUAGGAGAAACAUUUUAUAUCCUCAUUGGCUGUGGAUUAAACGUGGCUAACAGUAACCCUACCAUAUGCAUCAAUGAUCUGGUCACAGAAUACAAUAAACAGCAGAGGGCAGAACUAAAGCCCUUACGAGCUGAUUAUCUCAUCGCUAGAACUGUGACAGUGAUGGAGAAACUGAUUGACACAUUUCAGGACAAAGGACCCAAUGGCAUUCUUCCCCUUUAUUAUAAGUAUUGGAUACACAGUGCUCAGCAAGUCCGCUUGGAAAGCACCGAGGGGCCAAAGAUGUGGAUAAUCGGCCUCGACGAUUCUGGGUUCCUUCAGGUUCAACAGGAGGACGGCAAGGUGUCGAGUGUGCAUCCAGACGGCAACUCCUUUGACAUGCUGAGAAACCUCAUUGUCCCCAAACAGCAGUAGUCCCGGUGCCAGGAAGAGGCCUGGGGCCUGCUGUCCUGCCCUGGGCCUGGCGCUUGGGCCCUAGGAGGGGUGGUGAGAUGAGGCGGAAGCCAGGGAGGCACAGACCCAUGGCAGCAAGCAUUCCAGUUGAGUUUCUGCCGCCUUUCCUCACCCAUGGGUCUGCAAGGUGAAUUUAGAGUUGUAGGUGAAUUUUUUCCCCCUCCAAUUAAUCUGUCUAAUUCUUUAAUUUUGUUCUGUCUGUUGUCAUUUUAUUUGCUGUUUGAAGAUGUUCUGAGGUGAAGGGUUGACAAGUAGAUUUUGUUCAGGUAGAAGUCCUACUUGUAGGUGUGAAAUUGUUUCCCCUCAUGGGCUUGGACGUGUGCUUAUUGGCAAAAAAGUUCUUACUUGGAAGCUGCCAAGGAGUAAUGCAAAUGUUUUCCCAGUAGUGAAGACCUUUACUCCCAGACUCUUAAAAAACAAAUCACAAAAAGCUCUCAGGCCCAGACCAGUGGUGAGGUAGAGGUAUGGUAACACUGUUUAUGAGCACCCAGGGAGGCAUUUUCCUGGAGGAACAGACACUGGCACUUAUUCAUUGUUUUAUUUUUGUUGUUAAUGAGGAUAAGAGAGGGCAGACUUCUAAGAAUUACUCUCAGCCUGGCGGUUUGUGGCCCAGCAACAGUGUCCCAGUAGCUACAGAGAUGCGUCUAGCUGGCACAGUUGCAAUGACCUUGUAGAGGAAACCAGUUAAUUACUUUGACAUUAAUUUAUGAGCUCUCCUUUCAUAAGUUUGAAUUUACUGCAUAUUCUGAAGUGAUGGGAUCAAGUUCAAGAUCUUUAAAGCGUUGAUGAGGCGUCGCUUGGACGUGGGAGAGGAUGAUUUGGCCCUAACAGCUGGAGAUGAAGGCUUGUUCUCAUACUGCACACAUGGGAGGAUUUGACGCUUUUAAGCUGGUUUCAGGCUCCCUUUGAAACAUGGUGCAUUCCUGCGAGACUGCAGCACACAGAGCAUAGACGUAUGUGGCAUUUUAUUUGUAAGUCGCAAGUUUUUGUGCCCUUUCUUCUGUAUUGCCAAGGAAGAAAAUGUUAUUGAUACUGAAUACCAUCAUUAAAGAGAGGAUGUGUGUGUGUGUGUGUGUGUGUGUGUGUGAAGCUUUGAAAGAAGAUGCUCAAAUUCUGAUCUCCUAAAUGCCUCCAUGAAAGAACAAAAGAAACUGUUUGAUAUACAUUUGCCAUUUCCAGAUGUAUGCCACACUUUUUCCAUGUAACGCCUAUCUCUGUUGAAUGUGUGAAUCAUGCACAUUACUUUUCAGCCUUAAAAGGCCAAUUUCUGUCCACUUUUCUCUCUUCCUGCCAAUCCUAACUGAAAUUAGUGGAAAGAAAACUUGACGGAGCUCUCCGUCUUUGGACAAAAUCCCCUUAUUGUACACUAGCACCAUCUUUAGCCUGCUUUCCUCAGUCAGGCUAAUUCCAGAAACCCGUGGUUUUCAGUACAAAAUUGGUUUACCUUUAGCCAGGCACAGGCAGCCCCAUAGGAAGGAAAAAAAUUAACAUGUUUAGUUAAGUACACCAACCCUAUAUGUGUUUUUUGGAAACAUAACUAAAAGAACUCCAGGCAUAAUUUGUGCAAAUAAGGCUUCAGUUUGAAUUAUUUUUCUCAAAAAAAAAAUUUUUACUCCCUCCUAAAUGCCAGAAUAUUUUCUUGGAAUUAGUGACAAGUUUAAAUAAAAGUCUACACCACCCCAAAAUUACCAAAUGGACUCACCCUGGAGAGAGUAUCUGCAAAAUAUCACCAAGAAGAAAGAUCUCCAGGCUAAUGUUGCAAGUUUCAUUUCUCAAACUUUGUAAUAUAAGGCAAGUCAUCUCUCAGACCUGCCAGCAUUGCUUUUUUAAUUUCUUUGGAGGCUUAUUUAAUGAAAAACAUGCUAUGUUUUGUUUUAAGCUAAAGUCCUACUCUAGACAGUUCUGCAUCGGGAGAAAAAAUGUUAUCAUUUAACUUCCUUUCUGUAAAUUAAAACUAAUGAAGUGUGGCAGUGUCAGAGCAGACAGGGAUGUUCUGGGCAUACUGCUGUGCUUUUAAGACUGUUUUUACGAGAGCCGACACCCAGUUGUCUUGAGGGAGACGAAAGAGACUUGAAGCAGAUGCUGUGUUUUUCAUAAAACUGAUUUUGCCUCAGCUGAACCAAAGACUUUUGGAAGUCUGCUGCAUAUAGAACAGCAGAAUAAAGGCAUUUCACUCAUGGCUGUUAGCAUCAAGGAAAUGAUCUACUUGCAUAUACUACAUGCAUUGAUUUGGGACGUUUGAUGCACCUGGGAGUCUAUGAUCUCAAGGAGCUUUCAAGUCUGUAUGGAAACUUUGCAUUUUAUUUUCCUGCAUAAUCUUUAAAACAUGGCAACUAGACUCAGGAACAGCAUGUGCUUUUAGGGCAUUUGAACUUGUCCCCAGUUUAGAGGCUGUGCACUGAGCAUCUACCAGGUUAUAUAAGAGACAAGACAUCUUUCUAAGCUGGCAGCAGAUUUCAGAGGAACUCUUGGGGAAGUGUUCCGGAAAAUAGGACACAGCAAUCGCUGGGCUUCCUGGGGCUGCUGCCCAAGCAGUCAGCGUUGUUGGCUCUGGGCAUCCUGGCAGCUCAGAGGGAGUGGGCGACAGAGGGAGGAAUUGUGUCCCACGUAAAGCAGUCGGUGGGGUUUGCCACUGCAGCACACUGGCUCUGCCCAGUGUGGGAACAAGUGACCCAACGAGGGGUGGGUACACAGGCCCUGAAGGGGGUCCCAACCUUGCACCCUCCCAUACAGGCACUGGGAGGCCUAUGUGGUUGCUGCCCACAUUGGAGUCUGGGACCUAGAGAGAACCCAGCCUCACCCAACAGUUUUAGAAUGCAAAGGGGAGACAUCUUAGGCCUAUGUUUCUGUGAGAUCUCUUUGCUCCUAACAGGCAAAAAAUGAAAAAUACUUAUUUCUGGGUAAUUACUAUGCAUAUUUGAAUUAAAGAAAAUGUAAACCUUUGCAUUUUUAGCUUUUCAAAGAAUCGUCUCUGAAAAUUAAUUACUUUAAACCAAUGCCUAUAAAAAGCAAGUCUACCAAAAUAAACUUUGACUUUCUAUGUA